AGGGUGGCAGCCAAAGGAGGGUGUGCAUGCAGGAAUGGGAUGGGAUGGGGUGGAAUGGGAGGAGGGGUAUGCACUAAUCACAAUGUCCCUGUCCGGCUGUUCCAACACACAUGCUCACGAGCAGGAAAACAAAGAGCUGGAGAUGCGCGUGGAUUUACCGGAGAGGACAACAAAAGAGGAAAGACGAAAGUAACGUCUUAUCAAAACCGUACGGAUAUGAAGUUCGCGCCGGAAUGUGGAGAUCUGUUGCUGUCAUUUUAAGGAAAUGUAAUAACAUGGAUAUCUAUGAAACUAUUAUGUGUUCAUCUGCACUGUGAGAGUUACUCACACGACUCUAAUGUUUUUAUUUUUAUGAGGGAGUUUGCUCUGGAUACAUUUCAGCAAUUCGCUUUUUUAUGGAAUAUAUAAGAGAGUGAGACACAUUUGGUUGAAGAUUGAAGGCCCUCAGUGACCCUGCUGCCUGGCCUCAUAUUGGCCAGGUUGCUUUGGUUUAAAACAUCAAAACCAAUUAAGAUGUCUUCUCAAGAGUCUCCACAUCUGCCUCUGAAACCAGAGGUUAAACAAAGACCCCCGGUUCCAACCAAGCCCUCCAAUAAUACCUCAGACACCUCAACUGUGGAAGUUGCAGCCUCACAGAAUGCUGGGAAAGUCAAAAAUAUAGUCAACAAAUUCAGCCAGCCAGAGGCCAAGGUUCCAAGUGGAGAUAUAGCAAAGAGCACCAGCAUAGAACAGAGACAAAAAAGACCUCCUGCAGUAAAGCCCAGGCGCAAAACGAGAAGUUCAUCCCUCACCAACACUGACAAUGCACCUCCUCUGCCUCCAAAGACCAGGCAAAAUCACAUUGGACAGAAAGACGAGGUGGAGAACCAAGAGAGACAAGAAGGAACAUUGAGUGCUGUUGAUGGAUGCCGUUCAGCUCCUGAUGGAAAAGAAGGUGGCAAACUGCAAGCAGAUCGGGAUUCCAGCCCUAUUCCAGAGCCUCAAUGUGAGAAGAACUGCGGCUGUAUUUGUCACCUGCAGAGGCCUGGCAUGAAGCUUGUGUGGGUGCCAAUGAGUGAGCAGGAUGAGGAUGAGGGUGAGGAUGAUGAGAUCGAUUUGAGUGACACAGAAGAUCAGAAUGAAAGAGCAGGCGAGGGCGAGAAUGAAGACAAGUCAAAUAAGGAGGUGGAAUCUUUGAGUGAGUCAUUAGCUAAAGGUGAGAACAAGAAUGAGGAACCACAAAUUAAAAAAGACAAGUUUCAGGUGACUCGUAACCUAAUAGAACAGCAGCUGAGGAGGAAAUCAGACCCUGGACCUCCGGCAUUGAUCGCCUCUGUUAUCCCCUUUCCUGAGACUCCUAUAAACGUCCCCAAAGCCCAGUCUUUGGAGGUGCCGGAGGAGGAGUCCAUCUAUGACAUUAGCCUGGAGGUGGUCACUCCACCUAGACCUCAAAAGGGGUCGGACACUGUAACAAGCAAGGACAACCCUCCAGCCGUUCCUCCCAGAAUGCCUUUAGAUAACAGGUGUCUGCCUCGCAUUAUUCUGCCUCAGCCUCUAGCACGCCCUGCCUCCCCUCUGCUGCCCCACAAAAGCAGCCCACCUGGAAGUCCUCGACUACAAAGAACUGCACCACCACUACCGCCAGCCAGGACCUAUGAGAAUGCAAGACGCCUCAGCAGUUAUUCUCUCAAGUCUAUAGAUGAGAACGACAUUGCAGGGGCUGAUGGGGAAAAAUGUGGAUCCAAUGAGAAGCUUCCACGAGUCAUCCCACGUACCCAACAGUCUGUUGACUUGGAAGCUGGGACGUCUGAGGAGCUGUAUCAGUUUUACACAGAAACAUAUAUCCACAAGGAGAUCAGGAGGACAGUAUGUCGCAACAUCAGUAAGACCAGCAUAGACUUCCAGAUGGACACAGCCAACACAGAGAAAGGAGAAAAAGGUCCCAGAUCCACUAGCGUUCCAAAUCUCAAGCAGAGCAAUUUAUGGCGGGAACGGUCAACGGUACGAGACAGUGGUGUCCUGCAAACCCUAAGCCCAGAGGAGUGCAAGUAUCAAGAGAGCAUGUACGAGGUGAUUACAUCAGAAAUGUCAUAUCUGCGCUCUCUGCGUGUGUUAACGGAGCAUUUUAUGGAGUCGAGCGAGUUGAACGACACUCUCAUUAUCAUGGACAAAAAAACCCUAUUCUCAAACAUCCUGCGCAUCCAAGAGGUCAGCGAGAGGUUUCUGAAAGACUUGGAGGACCGUCUAGAGGAGAGAAUCGUCCUUUCUGACAUCUGUGACAUCAUUCACUAUCAUGCCCAACAUCAUUUCCCUGCAUAUAUUGACUAUGUUCGAAAUCAGAUUUAUCAGGAAAAGACCUACAGUAAUCUAAUGCAAUCUAACACUCAGUUUGCGGCCAUUAUCACCCGACUGCAGGAGUCGCCCAAGUGUCAACGACUGCCCUUCAUGUCCUUCCUAUUACUGCCCUUCCAGCGAAUCACACGCAUUAAAAUGCUCAUCGAGAACAUCCUGAAGAGAACAGCUGUUGGGGCGGAUAAGGAACAAACAGCAUCAAAAGCUCUUGACUCUGUGUCUAAGAUCAUUGAAGAGUGUAAUACUCAGGUUGGAAAAAUGAAGCAGAUGGAGGAACUGAUUCAGAUUAAUGGUAUGCUGGAGUUUGACAAACUAAAGGCAGUGCCAAUUAUAUCUCAAACACGUUACUUGGAGAAACGAGGAGAGGUGCAGGAAAUAAACAGAGGAGGAACGUUCUUGAACCUCCGCCCCAAAUUCAGCCCCGUCUACCUCUUUCUCUUCAACGACCUGCUUGUCAUUGCAAGCAAGAAAAGUUCUGAGCGGUAUGUAGUCCUUGAUCAUGCCCAUCGCUCCCUGGUCCAGGUGCAGUCUUUUCGGGAGGACACAGCUGUCCCCAGCCUGGAGCACUGCUUCUGUCUGACCCUGCUGGAGAAUCACCAGGGACGCCAGAUGGAGAGAAUUAUGAAAGCUCCCUCACAAUCUGACCUGCACAGGUGGUUGGCAGCAUUCCCAAAUCCCGACGGCCUCAACAAUGAUCAAGAAGAAGUCAUAUAUGAAGACUGGGAUUGCCCUCAGGUGCAGUGUGUGCAGCAGUAUGUGGCAAACCAAGCUGAUGAAUUAAAUCUGGAACCCACGGAGAUCAUCAAUGUCGUGCGGAAAACCAACGAAGGAUGGUAUGAGGGGAUCCGUCUAUCUGAUGGACAGAAAGGCUGGUUUCCUGAAGCAAAUGUACUGGAAAUCACCAAUGAGCAUGUCCGACGGCGCAACCUCCGAGAACGUUACCGUGUUAUCCAGGCUGCCGGCACUGUCGCCAAAAGUUUGACUAUGCUAUAGCCUAAGAGAACUGCAUCCUGGCAGAUCGGGAAUUCCUAAAAUGGAAAUAGUCUUUUAUACUAUAGACCUUUGACUCUUUACUAAAAUGUUUUGAUCUGUCUCAGACAUCCUUUUCAUGAUCAGAAAUAUUAUUCUAUCGGAAUUUUAAACAAAGAACAUGCCGCUUUGGCGCUUUUUUAACUAAAUCUCAUUCACGUGUGUCUGUUUCCAUUCAAAUAUUCAGUUGUUUUGGAUCCUAAUAUGGAAUGUACAUGAAAUGAGUUUCAGAAAUGAGUGUGUCUGUGUGUGCGAGUCUAUGCGUGCUAUUGCGUAAUAUUUAGUACUUCUUUCAAGAAUGUCGAACUACUGAAAUACCAGUUGAGCAGAGCAGGUGGGUUGGUAUCACAUGGUAAAAUGUCACAUGAUCUAAUAGGUAAGUUGGUACAAAAUAUCAUAUGCUUCGUUCAAGAUGAGUCCUGUAUGGCUUAGUCUUCAGUUUUAAUGGAAGCAUUAAAUGUGUGUACUAUCAACAAAAAUGCUGUAGUACAUUCAAAUUAAGUAUGUUUUUAUUCAGUUUACUGUACAGUUGAACUUGUAGAAAAAAAAACAUAUAGCCAACUCAGCCAGGAAUAAAACUCUUUAUGUACGUAUAUAUUUGUCAUCUACUCACCCCAUGUCCUUCCAAACCUGUGUAAUUUUGUGUUUUGUGGAACACAAAAGAUGUUCUUUUAAAUGUAAAUGAGCAUUCUUCCCAACAUGAAGGUAAGUAAAUGAUGACAGAAUUUUCAUCUUUGGGUGAAUGAUCCUUUUAAGAGUGUCAUGAUCUGCUCCAGAUAUUAAACAUUGUUGUGAGUCAUGCUAAUAAUUGGCUGAUUUCUCAGAAAAAGACAUAUUUCACAUUUUCUCUUAAUGUGGAAUGCUCCAUUAAAGCCACACCUCUUGUUUUGUAAAACUCUGUUUGUUUGUAUGUGUGGGUGUGGGAGUUGGUGUAAAUGUACAUUAAACUCUGCAUUUUUGAUGUAAAAA